CAAGUUGCCAUAGCUCCGAGUCUGGGGAGAGCAGAGUCGGUUGCGUCGCUGCGUCCAGUCAGUUACAGCUUCUGGGUCACUGGUGGCCGCGGGAGCCGGGUGGAGCCUCGGCAAUGAUCCGGCAUUAAGGACCUGGGGUCCUCUUCUGUCUCAGGUGGUUUGGGGAAAGUGUAGGGGCAACCAAGAUCAUCCAUUUGACUAGGCCUUUUGCCCUGAACCUCAUGAAGAAAUGAUAGGAGGCAGACAUACGUCCCUAAGAAGAGCACUGAGCUCAGAGGACAGCAACACAGAGCUUUGGGGGUGUGCUUUGAUUUUUGCACCUCAAUGGCAGGAUCCUCCAACGAUUCAGACCACUUGCACUCUCGUGACCGAUUGGGUCGAUGGGCUGCCAGUUCAAUACGCAGGGAAACUCGAAAUCGUUCUACUGUGGAUGUCACUAAGAAGGUCAACACUAUAACAAGUACUUUACAGGACACCAGUCGGAACCUGCGGCAAGUCGACCAGAUGCUUGGACAGUAUCGAGAAUAUAGUAAUGGACAGGCGGGGGCUAUAGAACACUUAAAAGAAAGCUUGGAACAAUCAAUAGGCCAACUGCGGAGUCAACGGUUAUUGAGAAACUCCGGAGGGAGAAGUAUUUCUGUUACAAGUCUGAGUACAAGUGACCUCGAUGGUGGCACUGUGACAGAGAGCUACCGUUUUCCACCUACCUCACCUCUGAAAGACUAUGGGGAUCAACAGGGUAUUAAACGAAAUAGGUCCAGAACUGGUGUCCGAUUUGUUCGGGAGACUGAUGACAUGGGCCAGUUUCAUGCUUUUCAUCAGUCCCUCCGAGACCUCAGCAGUGAACAAGUUCGCCUUGGAGAUGAUUUCAGCCGGGAACUUGCCAGAAGAAGCCGGUCCGAUGCUGAAACAAAAAGGGCUUUGGAAGAACUGACUGAAAAACUUAAUGAAACCCAAAAACAAGAAGUGUCCUGUCUUGGUCAUAAAUCAGAUGUUCAUAUGUGCGGGCAUCUGUUACUGGACUCUUCAUUCAGUCAUCUAGUUAAUACAUCUAUCCCAGUGCUCAUAUCACACUGUCUUGAUUACUGUUGCUUUCUGGUUUCAGAUCGGGUAGAGCGACGGCUUCAGGAAAUAGAAAGAGAGAUGCGUACAGAAAGAGAGCUGGUGGAAAGACGGCAGGAUCAACUGGGACUUAUUUCUUUGCAGCUACAGGAGGCACUGAAGAAACAAGAAGCUAAAGCAGAGGCGAAUGAGGGAGUAAUGAAAAAUAAGCUAAGACAAAGUGAAACUGAAAAGAAUAAACUUGAACAGGAAUUGGAGCUAUCUCGAAGGUUAUUGAAUCAGUCAGAAGGCAGCAGAGAAACACUUUUGCAUCAGGUAGAAGAACUCCGUACACAACUUAUGAAAGCAGAAGGUGAUCAAAAAGGCUUAGUACAUCAAGUAUCUCAGAUUUCCAAGCAACAGUCAAACCAUCAGGACGAACAAGAAGAUGACUGGAGGUUUAGAAGAGGGGUUGAGCGGGAAAAAGAGGAUCUGGAGAAGCAGAUGUCAGAUUGGAGAGUGCAGCUGAACUUCAGUGCAAUGGCAUCUGAGUUAGAGGAAGUGAAGCGGUGCUUGGAGCGAAAAGACAAGGAGAGAGUACAUUUGGCAGCACAAGUAGAGAAUUUAACAUGUGAAUUGGAGAACAGGGAGAAACAGCAACUAGAGAUGUUGGAUGAACUGAAGGAGAUCCAGAAUCACUUUGAGACAUGUGAUGCCAGACAUAAGCACGCUGACCUCCAGAUCUCAAAGCUGACUCAGCAUGCUGAGGAUGCAACCAAGCAGGCCGAGCAGUACCUCCUUGAGUUCCAGCAGUCGGAGGCCCUGAGACAGGAGGCAGAGGAGAGGAGAGAAGAGCUGAAGCUGAAAGCUCAGGAGUCCAUUAGGCAGUGGAAGCUCAAGCAUAAGAAGUUAGAGCGAGCACUGGAGAAACAAUCUGAAACCCUUGAUCAACUGACAGACAAGAAUAAUCAGAUCCUAAAAGAAAAGGAUGAAUUGAAAAGCCAGCUUUAUGCAGCGUUACAACAAAUAGAGAAUCUUCGAAAGGAAUUGAAUGAUGUGCUAACCAAGCGUGCCCUUCAAGAGGAGGAGCUUCACUGUAAGGAGCAAAAACUAAGUGAUGUUAAGUCUCAUCAGGCUGACCUUGAACUAGAAGUCAAGGAUUCCCUGGAUACCAUCCAGAGGCUAGAAAGUGAAUUGAAAGAGCAGAGUAAGAUUCAAAGCCAGAUGAAAGCUGAGAAAGCGCACCUGGAGGAAGAAAUUGCGGAGCUGAAGGAGAGCCAGGCCAAGGACCAAGCUCAGCUUCUUGAGAUGCAAGAGGCCAUCAAGGACUUGAGUGCCAUCCGGGCAGAUCUCGCCAAUAAAUUGGCGGAGGAACAGAGAGCCAGGAAAGAGGUACUCAAGAACCUUUCUGACCUCAAGACACAGGCAAAAUCCAAAGAUGAAGAAACAGCUACAAUCAUUACACAGUUAAAGCUCGAAAGAGAUGUUCACCAGAGGGAGCUGGAAGAUCUCACAUCCUCAUUGCAGAGUGUGAAAACUAAACAUGAACAGAAUAUCCAGGAGCUGAUGAAGCACUUCAAGAAAGAAAAGAGUGAGGCCGAGAAUCAUAUUAGGACACUGAAGGCAGAAAGCUUAGAAGAUAAGACUAUGGCUAAAGUCCAGCGUUCUCAGCUAGAGAAGCUGAAAUCACAGUAUGACAGGCUGACAGAGGAAUUAACUCAGAAUGAAAAUGAGAACAAAAAACUGAAGCUAAAAUACCAGUGUUUGAAGGACCAACUAGAAGAAAAGGAAAAACAUAUAAACAAUGAAGAAGAGCACUCAAGGAGGAUGGAAGAGGCCAGAUUGCAGCUCAAGGAUCAACUUCUUUGUCUGGAGACUGAACAGGAAUCCAUUCUUGGUGUGAUAGGAAAGGAAAUUGAUGCAGCUUGUAAAACCUUCUCCAGGGACUCAAUGGAGAAAUUGAAAGUUUUUUCAUCUGGUCCUGAUAUUAAUUAUGACCCACAUCGCUGGUUAGCAGAAAGCAAGACUAAACUUCAGUGGCUCUGUGAGGAGCUGAGAGAGAGAGAAAACAGAGAGAAAAGUCUACGGCACCAGCUGAUGUUGUGCAGACAACAACUCGGGAACAUGACUGAAAACAAAGAAGCUGAGCUUCAGUGUCUCUUUGAACAGAUAGAAAGACAGGAGCAGCUUCUGGAAGAAAUACAUCGGGAGAAGAGAGAUCUGCUGGAGGAGACUCACAGAAAAGAUGAAGAAAUGGAAUCUCUGCAGGAUCGUGUACAUGCGUUAGAAACGAUUUCCUGUAUGCUUGAAAAUGCUCCUAAUGUUGGGGGGAAAAGUUUUAACCAGAUAAGGAGACUGCAGGGAACAUUCUCCACCGAGGGCACAAGUACCCGAGUGGCCUUAGACCAUCUGGAGUCUGUGCCUGAGAAACUGAGCCUACUAGAAGAUUUCAAAGGCUUCAGAGGUUCGCGCAGUUUAUCUGACAGAAUUGACGGGAGAUAUUCUAAGUACAGAGUUCACAGAGAAUCUCUUCAGCAGCGGCUGGAUGACACCAAGUACAGAAUCCAAAGCUUCAAAGAUGACAGAAACUUUGCUGAAAGUUCCCAUGCUCAUGGGUUAGAUCAGUCAUCCUCUUGGCAGGACCACAGUUGCUUCCUGUCUAGUCCACAGUUUUCACACUUGAACUCAUUUAUCCAAAGAACAGUUGCUCCAGAUUCACCUUCAAUCAAGGAAGAUGCCACAAGUUUACUGAUGGAUGGAACAAGUCCACAGUCCAAAAAGGAGGAAUACGAAAGCAAAAACAGCAAAAUGUAAUUAGUUGCUUUACAUGAGUGUUUUAUAAAUAAUAACAUAUGUAUCCUUGCCACAGUUUGGCCCAGAUUAUCUAGCAGACGUAUCUGUAGCUUCUGCUCUUCAGCAUUGCCAACCAUUGACUGAAAUAACAGUGCAGUUGGUCUUUGUGGAUAAGUUAAACCAAUCCAAAUGAUAUCAGCUCGUGAAUGACAUGCAACUAACUUAUUGGCAACUUAUACCAGCAGAGAAAGAAUAAUAUUUUUCACCUUGCAUUUUCCUUUUUCAGGUGUCGUCAGUCACAUUUUUCUGACCCAAAUUUGGAUUUAUAAUUGAGGUGUUUCAAAAAUGACUGGCUAAAAAGGAGGAAAAUGAGUACCCCUUGAGGCAGAAGUUGCCAGCACUUUAAAUUCAGGGAGUGUUUAUAUACAAUUGAUUUUAUUUUGAUGCUUUCUCCCUCAUAAAUUAUCAUGUGUUAUAACAUGUCAUGGAGAUAUGCAUAUAUAAUAUGAGGCAGUCCACUUUAUAAAUGCUCAGGAUUCUUACAUCCAUCAUCUCAGCAGUCUGCUACUACGUGCAGUAUCUUAAAAUUUUUUUCCAAUCAUCCAUUUUUUUAUAGCAAUAAAGAAUUUACAAAUGAUAUUUGAAUUGUAGAGCUCUAAAGAAUUCAUUCAUAGCACAAUUUAUUUAUUUGUCUUUUUGUGGCCAAAUAUCCCACUGUGAUCACUCCAGUCAUAUCCUGGACCAUCUUUGGUUUACUCUGACCAAAAUCACAGCACCAAACUCCUGUGUCCAUGACAUUUACUUGCCAAGAGUUCUAGUAUAAUUUGGUACUACCUAUCUGCUUUCAGCAUCUUAGCCUUUCUCGACAUCAAAGUGUUUUUAAGAACCUAUCCCCUUUACAUGCUGAUCUACCAGUGGAGAAAGAUUUCUAUUAAAUGCUAAAUAAGAGUAAACAUCCAGGAACUAAAUCCCACUGAGUCAUAAUGGAAAGAUCCUGAACAGACAAGGACA